CGCAUAAGAAUUUCGAGGCCCCGCUCCUACAGUCUUAUCGGUUGUAGGAUUGAAAUAAAUUUGUUUUAAAAAAGGCGAUAUUCAUGCGGAUUGACUAUUAGUCGCCGUAAUUUUUUUUUUUUUAUAAAAUGUCAGUCAUUUCGCGAUAUCAGAAGUUAGCUGUAGGACUGGGUGCAUUAGGUGGUGCAGUAUUAUUUUAUUACAAUGUAUACGGCAAUAAGGAUUCACUGCUAGUACACAAUUCGUGGACUACAAAUUUUACACCCUCUGUGAAGUGGGAUCAUAAUUGGGACAGGAGGGAUCCAAAAAGUUUAGUCAAACCGAUGAAAAUAAAUGAUGAAAACGAUGAAAAUAAAUACAAUGAGAAAUUUGAAGCAAAAAGAGCAAAAGCUGUACGACAUAUACUUUUGAUUCGCCAUGGCCAGUAUCAUACAGAUGGAAAGACAGACAUUGAGCGAAUGCUAACUGAUCUUGGCAAAAAACAAGCUGAUGCAACAGGAAAGAGACUAGCAGAGUUAAAUUUGCCUUAUUCACUAAUAGUGAGGUCUACAAUGACACGAGCUCUAGAAACUUCCACAAUUAUAGAAAAAAGCCUUGUAAAUGUCCCAAUUGAAGAUGAUAGUAUGUUAAUUGAAGGUGCACCUAUACCUCCAGAACCACCUAUUGGUCAUUGGAGAUCUGAAAAACAUUUUUUUCAGGAUGGACCCAGAAUAGAAGCAGCAUUUAGGAAAUAUUUUCACCGCGCAGAUCCUAGUCAAGAAAAUGAUUCUUAUACUAUUCUUGUAUGCCACGCAAAUGUUAUUAGAUACUUUGUUUGUCGAGCACUACAAUUUCCACCAGAAGCAUGGUUACGAAUAUGUUUGAAACAUGCAAGCAUCACUUGGCUCUGCAUUUUUCCUAAUGGGAGAGUAACAAUCUUUUGUUUAGGAGAUACAGGACAUAUGAUACCACAAAAUCUAACAUCUAGCUAAAGAUGCAAGAUGAAACCAUGUACAUGGAAAGUACACACAUCAUUUUA